ACAAAACAAAAAACCUACCUAUUUGAUGAAGAUUGUUGAUUAGUAAAAAAAUAUUUAUCUGCCAUGGCAAAAAGAUCUGCUACUGUGGCUUUUGACGUCGAAGAAGAGAAAGUAGAAAGGGCUCCUCAAAAAGAAGGGAAGAAGCACUCUUUAGAUUCUGAUGAAGAAGACAGCGGUGCUGAAGAAGAGAAGAAUAAUGUUAUGCACGCCGAUGACAUCGAGGGCGAGGAGGAUGGCGUCGGAGGAAUGGAAGGUGAAAUCACAAUCACACCAUUCAAUAUGAAAGAGGAAUUAGAGGAAGGCCACUUUGAUACACAAGGUCAUUAUCACUGGAAGAAAGAGAAGGAGAUCAGGGAUGGUUGGUUGGACAACAUUGACUGGGUCAAAGUUAAAGGCAGACCUGAGGACAAGUACAAAAUUCACAAAGAUGAUGAAAAUAAAGGUCUUGGAGAUGAGUCAAGCAGUGAAGAGGAUGAACCAGAGGAAAAAUUUGAAUUGAUCAGCAACUACAAGGAGAUUUUGCAACACAUGAAACCAAAAGAAACCAUUGCGAAGGCAUUGCAACGCUUGGGUGCAAGUUCAAAAAUAUCCAGUGCAGAACGUUGGAAAAGGAAGAAAGCAGGCAUAGUAGAUGAGGGCAGUAAAGUUGUUACCAGAGUCACUGAACUGGCCAAUCAAAUAUUAACUAAGAUGGGCAAUAUGGACAUAUACCAAGAGACUUAUGAAAAGAUCAGUAAUAUUAUUGCCAAAGAUAAGAAGAAAAAUGAAGUUGCUGAUUUGGAUAUGUAUGCAGAUGACUUUGAUCAAAAGGAAAAACAGACUUUGGGGCAAGAACCUUCAGAAAGUAAAAUUGAAGAGAAAGACGAAGAUGAUGAAAAUAAGGAAGUGAAGUGGGAGUUCAAAUGGAGUCAAGAUGAUAAUGCAGAAAUCUCAGGCCCCCACUCAACAGAUCAAAUGCACAAAUGGUCCACGGAAGGUUAUUUCAAAACAGGUGUAUGGGUAAGGAAGCAUGGAGAAGACAGUCAAUUUUACAGCUCAAAUAGAAUUGAUUUUGAAUUGUACAUAUAACUAAUGUACCUGAAACAUUCUUAAUUUUAUGUAACAAGUUUACUGCAUAUUAUUAUAAUAUUAUACUAUAAACAAUCAAACAACUUGUAGUUUUUUAAA